AUGAGUGAUCUGCCAAUUGACUUUACGGAGUUGGUUGAUCUGACUUCGAUUGGGAUUUCGCCUCAAUCGUUGGACUUCAGAUCGACCACUUUCGAGAGUGACAGAUUCGUAACAGUUCGAGAAACAAACAAUGGUGCCAACUCAGUGGCAAUCGUGGAUUUGCAAAAUGGGAAUCAGGUAAACCGCAAAAACAUGGGUGGUGAUUCCGCCAUUAUGCAUCCAACGCAAAAUGUGAUUUCCGUGAGAGCACAGGGGACAGUCGUCCAGAUUUUCAACCUUGAUACCAAGAGCAAGUUGAAGUCGUUCACGCUAGAAGAACCCGUGCUGUUCUGGAAAUGGCUCAAUCAAGAAACGCUUGGGUUUGUGAGUGCUAACUCGUUGUAUCUCUCGAAUGUGUUUGACGGGGAAACUUCAAGACAGCCCACAAGACUUGCUCAAAGACACGCCAAUUUGAGCAAUGCACAGAUCAUCAACUUUGUUGCCAACGCCCAGCUUGACUGGUUUGCAGUGGUCGGUAUCAUACAAGAAGACGGCCGCAUUGCCGGUAAAAUCCAGCUUUUCUCUAAAGCUCGGGGAAUUUCUCAAGCCAUCGAUGGACACGUGGCCAUCUUCUCAAGAAUUUUACUUGAGGGCAACUCCAGUCCAGUCCAGGUGUUUGUGACCGGUAACAAGGCGGCUUCAGGUACCGGUGAACUGCGUAUCAUCGAAAUUGAUCAUAAUGCAGCUAACCCAGUCUCGUAUCAAAAGAAAAAUGUCGAUAUUUUUUUCCCACCAGAUGCUGUCAACGAUUUCCCAAUCUCCGUUCAAGUUUCUGAGAAGUAUGGUGUCAUUUAUGUGUUGACUAAGCACGGUUUCAUUCAUCUUUACGAACUUGAGACGGGUGCAAAUCUAUUUGUGAAUAGAAUUACCGUCGAGCCUGUCUUUACCGCCACUACCUAUGACGAGAAGAACGGUAUUGCCUGUAUCAAUCGCAAGGGUCAAGUUUUGGCUGUAGAGAUCUCAAAGGAGCAAAUUGUCCCUUACGUAUUAGAGAAACUUUCAAAUGUGUCUCUUGCUUUGAAAAUGGCGUCUAGAGGUGGACUACCCGGUGCAGACGACCUAUUCAUUAAGCAAUUUGAUUCCUUGUUGGCUUCGGGUGACUAUCAAAACGCGGCUAAAGUUGCUGCCUCCUCUCAAGAAUUGCGUACCCAGACCACUAUCAACAGACUGAAGAACAUUCAGGCUGCUCCAGGCGCUAUUUCUCCAAUUUUACUCUAUUUCUCUACUUUGUUGGACAAAGGAAAAUUGAAUAAAUACGAGACGAUAGAACUAGCCAAGCCAGUCUUGCAGCAAGACCGCAAGCAAUUAUUCGAAAAAUGGUUGAAAGAGGAUAAGCUUGAGUGCUCUGAAGAGCUAGGUGACGUCGUCAAGUCAUUUGACACAACCCUGGCUCUUGCAUGCUACUUGAGAGCAGAGGUGCAUUCCAAGGUGAUUACUUGCUUGGCCGAGCUUCAACAAUUUGACAAGAUACUGCCUUACGCACAAAAAGUUGGUUUCCAGCCAAAUUACGCUAUCUUGAUUUCCAACCUCUUGCGUUCAUCGCCCGAUAAAGCUUCCGAAUUCGCUACAAGCUUGCUCCAGUCUCCAACGACCUCUUCCGAAUUGGAUAUCGAAAAGAUUGCGGACAUAUUUUUCAAUCAGAACUUUGUUCAGCAAGGAACUUCGUUCUUAUUGGACGCUCUGAAAGGCGAUACACCUGAUCAAGGCCAUCUUCAGACUCGUGUUCUCGAGGUCAAUCUGCUUCACGCGCCACAGGUGGCCGAUGCCAUUCUUGGCAAUAGCAUUUUCAGCCAUUAUGACAAACCAACCAUUGCAUCUCUCGCAGAGAAGGCAGGUCUUUAUCAGAGAGCCCUUGAAAACAGUACUGACAUCAAGGAUAUCAAGCGUUGCAUCAUUCAUAGCAGUUCGAUACCUGCAGACUGGCUGGUAAACUUCUUCGGAAAGCUGAAUGUCGAGCAAAGUUUAUCGUGUCUAAGGGCUCUUUUGGAUGACAAUCUUCAAGCGAAUCUUCCAAUUGCAAUUCAAGUCGCAACGAAAUACUCUGACUUACUGGGCGCACAAGUUCUCAUCAAGCUAUUCGAGGAGUAUCGUGCCACUGAGGGUUUGUACUACUAUUUGGCUUCUCUAGUCAAUCUUACUGAAGAUAAAGAUGUCGUUUUCAAGUUCAUUCAAGCUGCUGCAAAAGUGGGUCAAUACAAGGAAGUUGAAAGGGUAGUCAGGAGUAACAACGUUUACGAUCCAGAACGAGUGAAAAAUCUUCUCAAGGACUUAAAACUACCAGAUCAAAUGCCAUUGGUUAUUGUCGCAGACCGUUUUGAUUUCAUCCAUGAUCUCGUCUUGUACCUCUACAAGGCCCAGGAUUUCAAGUUCAUUGAAGUUUAUGUCCAGCAAGUGAACCCUUCCAAAACCCCUCAGGUGGUUGCCGCUUUGUUGGAUGUAGACUGCGACGAAAAAACUAUCCAGAACUUACUGGCAACAGUAGUGGGCCAGGUGCCUAUUGGUGAGCUCACUAAGGAAGUUGAGAAACGAAACAGACUCAAGCUUCUGCUUCCAUUCUUGGAAGAGACCUUACGUCUUGGCACUCAAGAUCAGGCGGUAUACAACACCUUGGCUAAAAUCUACAUUGAUUCGAACAACUCGCCAGAAACUUUCUUGAAAGAAAACAACGAAUACGACACAUUGGAUGUUGGUCAUUACUGCGAAAAGAGAGAUCCUUUCCUCGCUUAUAUCGCUUACGAGAAAGGCAGCAACGAUGCCGACCUCAUUAGAAUUACAAGCGAGAACAGCAUGUACAAGUAUCAGGCGAGAUAUUUGUUGAAAAGAUCAGAUCAGCAAUUGUGGAAUACGGUUCUGAGCGAAGACAACAUACACAGGCGUCAAGUGAUAGAUGCAGUAGUGGGCGUAGGCAUUGGUGAGGUGACUGACCCGGAGCUCAUUUCUGUUACCGUACAAGCCUUCAUGAGCAACAACCUGAAAGGUGACUUGAUCAAGUUGUUGGAGAAAAUAAUAUUGGAGCCUUCGCCGUUCAACGACAACCCCGCCUUACAGGGUUUGUUGAUGCUUUCCGCGAUUAGAUAUGAUCAAUCAAAGGUCUCGGGUUACAUCGAGAAGCUGGAUAAUUACGAUAUCGAUGAGAUUGCUCCAAUGUGUGUGGAGAAUGGUUUGAAUGAAGAAGCUUUUGAGAUCUACAACAAGCACGAGAAGUAUAACAAGGCUCUCCAAGUUUUGGUCGAGGAUAUUAUGUCUUUGGAUCGUGCGGAGAGCUAUGUUGAAAAGCUCAACGAGCCCAGUUUAUGGCCUCAGCUUGGUGCUGCCCAGCUGGUUGGAUUAAGAAUACCAGAGGCCAUCGAUUCGUACAUCAAGGCAAACGACCCAUCAAACUACGAAAGCGUGAUUGAAGUAGCUGAGCAAGCUGAGAAAUACAAAGAGCUAAUUCCAUACUUGUUGAUGGCUCGCUCGUCUCUAAAGGAAGCAAAAAUUGACAAUGCUCUAAUUUUUGCGUAUGCAGAAUUGAACAAGCUACAUGAGAUCGAAAACUUGCUCAAUACUUCCACUGUCGCGGAUUUGGACUCUGUUGGUGUUAAACUAUUUGAGAAGAAGGACUACAAAGCUGCCAAGCUUUGCUUCUCUGCUGUCUCCAACUACUCCAAACUGGCAACAACUCUCGUAUACUUGGAAGACUACCAGGCAGCAGUGGACACUGCAAGAAAGGCUUCAAAUGUUAGAGUUUGGAGAGAGGUUAGUGAUGCUUGCGUUGACAACAAGGAAUUCAGACUUGCCCAAAUCUGUGGCCUGAACUUGAUUGUUCAUGCCGAAGAGUUAGAUGAGCUAGUGGACAAGUAUGAGUCUCACGGAUAUUUCGAGGAGUUAAUUUCACUAUUCGAGGCUGGUCUGGGUCUAGAAAGGGCUCACAUGGGAAUGUUCACUGAACUGGCUAUUUUGUACACGAAGUACGACUCCAGCAAGACUUAUGAACAUCUAAAACUAUUCUGGUCAAGAAUCAACAUUCCUAAGGUAAUUAGAGCUGUCGAGAAUGCUCAUUUGUGGAAAGAGCUAAUUUUCCUUUACGCGCAUUAUGACGAAUGGGACAAUGCUGCUCUCACGAUGAUUGAAAAGUCGGCUGAAGACUUCGAUCACUCAUAUUUCAAAGAGAUAGUGGUCAAAGUCUCCAACCUUGAAAUUUACUACAAGGCGAUCAAUUUCUAUGUUAAGGAGCAUCCUUCUCUACUAAUCGAUUUGAUGACUGUGCUAACUUCCAGACUGGACAUUCCUAGAACCAUCAGAAUCUUCUCCAAAUCAGACAAUUUGCCUUUAAUCAAACCAUUUUUGGUGAACGUUCUUCCUACGAACAACUCCGUCGUUAAUCAAGCUUACCACGAUUUAAUGAUCGAAGAAGAGGAUUACAAAGCUCUACAAGAUGCUGUUGACUCUUAUGAUAAGUUUGAUCAGCUUGAGUUGGCCGCGCGUUUGGAGAAGCACGAUCUUAUUUUCUUCAAAAAGAUCGCAGCUCAGCUGUACUGCAGAAACAAGAAAUGGGCCAGAAGCUUAGCCAUUUACAAAGACGAGAAACUGUGGGCUGAUGCCAUCCAGACUGCAGCCAUUUCUCAAACAACCGAAGUUGCCGAAGAACUCUUGGGCUACUUUGUUGAAACUGAUAAUAAGGAGGCCUUUGUCGCGCUGCUAUACACCGCUUACCAUUUGAUUAGGUACGAUGUGGUUUUGGAGUUAGCAUGGUUACAUUCCCUGGCCGACCAGAUCAAACCUUAUGAGAUUUCAGUCAAAAAGGAGCAGUUUGCCGCAGUUCAAAAACUUUUGGAAAAGUCACAAAAGGGCGAAAGCUCUACUGCAGGGGAGAAUAACGAUCAGCCGCUGCUACUCACGAAUGGAUCCGUCAAUUACCAGGCUACUGGCCAAGCUUUCGGAAGCUACAUGUAA